GCCCCGCCAUGGAGAAGGCGGCGGGCGCGGAGCUCCGGCAGGGCGCGCUGGUGCCGCUCACCGCCAUCUGCCUGCUGAAUCUCUUCCUAACUGGGAAAAUAGAAAGUGCUGUUACCUCGUUAGCUGCUUGCAGUGGAAAAUUGGAACAGCACACAGAGAGACGCGGAGUCAUCUAUAGUCCUUCCUGGCCACUAAACUAUCCUCCAGCCGUAAACUGCAGCUGGUAUAUCCAAGGAGAUCGUGGAGACAUAAUAACAAUUAGUUUUAGGAACUUUGAUUUAGAGGACUCUCAGAGGUGCUCUGUAGACUGGCUGAUGAUUGGUCCAUCUUCCAAGAGGGAGGAGUACAAAGUGUGUGGGUCUUCCAUGCCACCCUCAUUCAUCUCUGCAAGAGAUCAUGUCUGGAUAUUUUUCCACUCAGACGCAUCGAGUUCAGGACAGGCUCAGGGAUUUCGCCUUUCUUACAUCAGAGGAAAAAUAGCCCAGGCUGUUUGCCAGUCAGAUGAAUUCCGUUGUGCAAAUGGCAAAUGCAUUCCUAAUACUUGGAAGUGUAAUUCCAUGGAUGAAUGUGGGGAUAGCUCAGAUGAGAGAAACUGCACCAUGCCCCCAACGGAGCCUCAGUCCAGCAUCUGUCCCUCAGGAACGUUCCAGUGUAGUGUAGCCCACUCCACCAAGUGCUUGAUAAAUGAAUUAAGAUGUAAUUCAGUUAAAGAUUGCAGUGAUGGUUCAGAUGAGGACAAUUGCCCUGAUCUUUCCUGUGGCAAAAGACUGGGUAAUUUUUAUGGGUCCUUUGCUUCCCCAGACUUAUUCCGUGCUGAUCAUAGCCGGGCAGACCUCCGCUGUACUUGGUAUGUGGAUACACAAGAUAACCGGCAUGUGCUCUUGCAGCUUGAUUUACAGUUAGGAUACAAUGACUAUGUCAAGGUGUAUGAUGGAAUUGGAGAGAGAGGUGAUAAAUUAAUGCAAACAUUUUCAUAUCACAACAACAGGCACUCAGUGAGUGUGGAGUCCUCAAAGGGUCAGCUCACCAUUUCAUAUCACGCCAGAUCGAAGAGUACUGGCCAUGGAUUCAAUGCAACCUAUCAGGUAAAAGGUUACUGCCUUCCCUGGGAACAUCCAUGUGGAAGUGAUGAGGAGUGUUACACAGAUAAGCAGCAUUGUGAUGGUUGGUGGCACUGCCCAAAUGGCAAAGAUGAAGAGAAUUGUCCUGCUUGUCAGAAGAACGAAUACCCAUGUGAAGGAAACAGUGGACUGUGUUAUUCAAUACUUGACCGAUGUAAUAACCAAAAGAACUGCCCAGAUGGCUCAGAUGAAAAAAACUGCUUUACAUGCCAGCCAGGAAACUUUCACUGCGGCACAAACCUAUGUAUCUUUGAGACAUGGCGUUGUGAUGGUCAAGAAGACUGCCAGGAUGGAAGUGAUGAACAUAAUUGUCUGGUGAUAGUGCCCAGGAAAGUCAUCACAGCUGCCCUGAUUGGGAGCCUGGUGUGUGGCUUGCUGUUGGUGAUUGCACUGGGUUGUGCAUUUAAACUCUACUCGCUGAGGACUAGAGAAUACAGAGCAUUUGAAACCCAAAUGACUCGGCUUGAAGCAGAAUUUGUGCGGCGGGAAGCUCCACCUUCCUAUGGGCAGCUGAUUGCACAAGGACUUAUCCCACCAGUUGAAGAUUUCCCAGUUUACAAUGCAUCGCAAGCAUCUGUGCUGCAGAACAUCCGAACUGCUAUGAGGAGACAGAUGAGACGCCACUCUUCAAGACGGAAUUCAUCCCGAAGGCGCCUAGGCAGACUUUGGAACAGACUUUUCCAUAGACCACGAGUGCGAGGACAGAUCCCACUCCUCACACCGGCACGCACUUCACAAACAAUCCUAGGUGAUGGCAUUAUCAAUCACACAGAUGGGAAUAUUCAAAGCCUCCCACCUUCCCCAGAAGGACCUAACUCAGAGUCAGAGAGCCAGGCCAGGGGACAACAAGAUAUUGGAAGCAGCAAUUUGCAGCCAGUGGCUGAAGCCUCAGAGCCAUCACCCUCCACUGUUUUAUCUAACACUUGCACAGCUGCUCAUGCAGAGCCAGAGACUGGACACGCUGACAAAUCUUCAGGUGCUGAGCCUUCCAGCAGUGAGCUAAAACAAACCAAUAAAGUGGAUUCAGGAAAAACUUUCAGAGAUCCUUUGUCUGAAAGUCUUACAGAAACACUCCAUGGAGGGGCCACAGCCAGAAGGACUGUGGCAGAGAACAGUAGUUUAAACAGGAGUCAUCCACUAAGUGAAGAGCCAUGUAGAUUGCCUUUAAAAAAAUGGGAGUCUGCUUACUUAGACAGCUCUAUGAAUGUUCGUAUUCAGGUGGAUGGACAGCACCGAUGUUGCCCUCAUCCGUAUCGGGAGGAACCUCUGGGUAUUCAUGCUGCUUGUUGCCAUUCUGUGGAAGUGCCAACGCUAGAGUCCUCUACUCCACUCUCAGAAAUCAAUACGAGUGACGAUGAAUCUUUACUUGUUUGCUAAUAAGAUUUUGCUUUGGCUCUGUAGGUUUUGUAACUUUGGAAUUUACAAUACAGUUCACUGAUAUAAUUGACACAUCCACUCUCAACUUUGUCUGUUAAAACCAAUGUGUAUUAAUUGUGGACAGAUUGCAGUACUCAUAACAAGACUAAAUGGGACAAUUUUUGUCUUCAUUGAUAUGCCUGAAACUCCAGUGGAGUGGAGCUGGGCCACUGUGUGUGAUCAGGGGUUGAGAGUGAGUGCAAAUCUGUUGUUGCAGUUUGGAAGAAUCUCUAUCCUUUGUUUUUUUCUGUGCAUUUAUUCACUUUCACUUUGCAAUCAGGGAAUUUGAGUUUGUUUCGUUUUAAAAUAGCACACGUCAAUAUUUAGCUUGAGAGAAUUUGGCUGGAAACUUGGGUAGUAUAAAACGUGGAAUUAUAACUGUGAACACUCAGCUAGAAACAGCAAGUGGUUGUCCAUAUAGGUUGUAGGUUUUAAUUAGAAAUGUUUACAGAACUCUAAAAUAGAUUACUUCAUAGAAAAUAAAAUUCCUAUAGAUUCUUUUUUCUGAAAGUCACCACUUUUUCUGCUCCCUUCAGAAAUGUAAUGAUGACUGUGGAUGUCCAGAAGCAGCCAUUACAACCAAAGUUUCUGUAUGCAGUAUACAAAGUAAAAUCAGGUUUAUUUUCCACUCUAAUUUUGUAAUUGCAGAUUAGCCAUGUUCAUUUGAACCCCAUUUGCAGCAAUAUUUAUAUUUUAUAUUGUCAUGUAUUGUAUUCAUAAUGGUUUAUUCAGGUUGAAUUGUUCUUUGUUUUUCUCCACUCUCUUUUUCAGUUGAAUACAAUUACCUCACUUUGGGGAAUAAUCUGGAGGGGUACAGAGCUCUUGCAAGUCUCAUUGGCUUCAAAGGGAGUUGCUGAGUGCCAGUAUCCAAUGUGAACAGGCUCCUUAUUUGCAUCAAGCUAAAAUAUAAUGCAACAUUAUUGGCCUCGGUACAGAUGUUUUAAAUCACUUACUGGGUUUUGUUUUGUUUUGUUUUAAAUCCAGGAUAGCUGGAAAGAUCAGUACCAUUUUAAAGACUGAAAUUAUGCAGGUUUUAAGUAUUUUUUGUAGACCAGUGCCUUUUGCUUUUUUAAUUUAACUUGGAGCAGGGGUGAGGGUGUGUUCAUGUGGGAAUCACCUAGUACAGAACAACAAAAGUCAUCUGGUGAAACUUGGCCCUGUUGAAGUAAAUGGGAGCUUUGCCACUGACUUCUUCUGGGCAAGGCUGUCAUCCAUAUUUUAGUGUAACUUUAUACUUCAUUUUCCCUAUGCUGAAGUAGCAAUGGAGUUUUUUACAUAGAGUCAGCGUGGUUUAGAAUGUAUAAGUCAGUGUUGCUGCUCCUCCGUAGGUGGGCAGGUCCAGGGUGAAGCAUAUCUCAACCCUCCAUCACGUGUCUAGUACUGCAGGAGGCUUCUGAGUUAGGAACGUAAUAGGAGCCUUAACUUUAAAUCUGCCAGACCGAAUUAUUCAUUAAACAUGCAUUAAUGCUACAUUGGGGUUAAUCUUAUGUAAAACAAAAUAAAAGUAAAACUGGGCUGCACUACCCAAAUAAUCUCUAGCUACUGCAGUUCUCUUGAAUGUAACAGGAAUUAGGCCUGUGCAGUGAAGUAUGAAUUGAUACCUUAAGGUUGAAAUGUUUGCCCUCUUCAUGGGAUAUAUUCUAUCCUUGCUUUUUGUGUAGUGCUCCCAGUGGGAGCUCUAGCUAAGAAACGAGGUAGGCCUGGGCCCUCCAUGCUUUGUUUGGCUCAACAAAAUUGUACUGUGAAAGAACUGUAGUGACUUGCUAUAUGUAUAUUUUCCCCCUCGGAUAUAGAUGACUUUUACACUGUUUGUUCCAGAACCAGAAAGAAACAGAAGAUUCAAAACUUGAAUGACAUGAGUAGCAGGAAAGAGUUUUGGUCAAAAUGCUUUAACAGUUAAGAAUCGUAUUUAUAUGAAAUAAAAUACUGUUUACUCAGUCAUUUCCUUCCAGGUGUCUUUAUGGUCAGUAGUUCAUUUAACCAAACAAAAAGCUAGUUUUGAGAAGUAGGCAUUUACUUCCUGGGCAUUUCUAAGCAUUUUGGGUACAUUCCACCUCUGAAAGGUCAUGUACUGUAGUCAUUGAACUGCUAGGGUUGUUUGUGUCCAAGGCUACAGUUUUUAGUGUGUUUCUUUUUGUCUAAAGGCAAUUUUAAAUACAUAAAGUUGUAUUUAUAAAGUAGUAAACUUAAUUAUAAUUGGGUGAAAUACUUCAGGGUUAAUACUGUGCAAAUCUGAAGACUCUUAUAAAUAAAUGUAUAUUUAAUUCUGUUAUAGAACCAUUUUGCUUUCUGUAAUAAAAUCAAUUUUAUUUUAUGCCUUAGCAAUGCCUUAAAUUAUGGUACCCCCAUUGUAAGGCUCUUUUUAUAAUAUAUGCACUUUGGAACAUAGCAAUCUUUUUGAUAUAGCAGUGAACAACUAGCAGCUUAAAAAAGAUCAAAUUUCUUUUUAUCCAGUCAUUUAUACCUAGUGUACUUCUAGAGAUCCGUUUUUUAUAGCUAAGUGGUCAUUUCAACACACCAGUUUUUUAUUUAUAAUUAUUAAAAGUUUUAAAAAGAUCUAGAAAUAUAAAAAGGCUUUAAUGAAAUGUUUAGACUCCUCAUUACUGAGGGUUGUGGCCCAGCAUAACAAGAUGUGCAAGCCUGUUCCUUUUUAUCAGCACAUGACUUCUUUAUGUCUGUAAUUCCCUUUAGCAUAUUGUUUAAGAUGGAGAAUCCUUAAAUUAUUAUUAAGCAUUUUGCAUCAGAAAUCUACAGUUGUGUUCUGUGAACAUAAAUUGUGUGUGACAAUGUCUUAGAAUGCAGGGACUUGAUAGAGAAGUGGGGUUUGCCUUACUAGGGACGUCAUGCUUUCUUAGCUUUUAAAAACGCAGUUAUUUAAUUUCUGCAGACACCCUUUUUUCCCAAAUAAAUUGCACGUUCAUAAAGGUUUAAAGAACUGUUUACUGUGCCAGAAAUGUAAAUAGGAAAAAUGAUCACUUCCCUUUUCAUUUCUGCAUUUUAGAUGAAAGGAAAUCACAUGCGUGCACACACUUUACAAUUUGAAGUUAAGACCAUAAAAUUGUUCAGAUGCUUUUAUUCUUGUUAACAUGACCCAAUUAUGCCUAGGAUUUUUGAAGUUUUUAAGUGAAAGAGGAAAAGCUGUACUUUAAAAUAUUUUAUGAUAGUUAUUAAAAAGCUGACAUUUAUAAAAAGAAGUAUAUUUAAAAUAAAUCUGUUCUUGAUGUUUAACUCCUGCUAAUAAGAUGGAUGUUCAGCGCAAACAUCCAAAGGAAACUAAAUCUCACGUGUUGUUCAUCUCUCUUGUUAAAAUGUGAGUUGCAUUGUAUCUGAACUUUCUUGCAUCUGCCAGUUUGUAUAACAGGCCUUGCAAAGUAAUUGUAUUGCACAAUUACCAUCUGCAUUUUUGUGUUUUCUUUUGCUUUAAAACUCUCUACUUCAAC